CAGGUCAAUGUACGGGUGACCACCAUGGACGCGGAGCUGGAAUUUGCCAUACAGCCGAACACUACUGGCAAACAGCUUUUUGAUCAGGUGGUUAAGACGGUGGGGCUGCGUGAGGUGUGGUACUUUGGACUGCAAUACAUGGAUUCCAAGGGUUUCCCGACUUGGUUGAAACUUGAUAAAAAGGUAUCAGCACAGGAAGUCAGGAAAGAAAACCCACUUCAGUUCAAAUUCCGUGCCAAGUUCUUCCCUGAGGAUGUGUCUGAGGAACUGAUUCAGGAGAUCACACAGAAACUGUUCUUCCUGCAAGUAAAAGAAAGUAUACUGAGUGAUGAAGUGUACUGCCCUCCUGAGACAGCUGUCCUUCUUGGAUCGUAUGCUGUACAAGCCAAAUUUGGAGAUUAUAGCAAAGAUAUCCACAAAUCUGGAUAUCUGAGCACAGAACGUCUUUUGCCACAAAGAGUGUUGGAUCAGCACAAACUUUCAAGAGAGCAGUGGGAAGAGAGGAUUGAGGUGUGGCACACACGGAGCACCGCGGAAUGCUCAAAGAAGAUGCAAUGCUGGAAUACCUGAAGAUAGCUCAAGACUUAGAGAUGUAUGGCAUCAACUACUUUGAUAUUAAGAAUAAAAAGGGAACAGACCUCUGGCUGGGAGUUGACUCACUGGGCUUAAAUAUUUAUGAACACGAAGACAAGCUGACUCCAAAGAUUGGGUUUCCUUGGAGUGAAAUUAGAAAUAUCUCCUUCAAUGAUAAGAAAUUUAUUAUCAAACCAAUUGAUAAGAAAGCUCCAGACUUUGUCUUCUAUGCUCCACGCCUGAGGAUUAAUAAGCGGAUCUUGCAGUUGUGUAUGGGUAACCAUGAGCUGUACAUGCGUCGCAGGAAGCCAGAUACUAUCGAGGUGCAGCAAAUGAAAGCACAGGCCAAGGAAGAAAAAAAUCAGAAGCAGCUUGAACGGCAACAACUGGAAAAUGAGAAGAAAAAGAGGGAAGUGGUCGAGAAAGAAAAGGAGCAGAUGAUAAGAGAAAAGGAAGAACUAAUGCUCAGGUUGCAUGAAUUUGAAGAGAAGACUAGGAGAGCAGAGAGAGAAUUAUCUGAACAGAUAAAAAAAGCCCAUGAGCUGGAGGAAGAGAGGGAAAGAGCUCAGUGCGAAGCAGAAAGAUUGGAGGCUGAACGUAUUGCUGCUCUCCGUGCCAAAGAAGAGCUGGAGAGACAAGCUGUUGAUCAGAUGAAGAGCCAGGAGCAGCUGGCCUCAGAGCUUGCAGUGUAUACAAAUAGAAUUACCCUCCUGGAGGAAGCAAAGAGAGCCAAAGAAGAUGAGGUGGGCGAAUGGCAGUUAAGGGCAAACAAAGCCCAGAAUGACCUCCUGAGAACUAAGGAAGAGCUACAAAUAGUCAUGAGCACUCCUCCAUUGCCACCCCCCACCACCUCCUCCUGCAUAUGUGCCCAUCAAGGAGUACGUGAAUGAGCACCUGCCGAGGAUGGAGAGGAGUUCAGUGCAGAUUUCACACAUUACAACUUUCACGAUGACCGCAAAGAGGAGUCACGCAUUACAGAAGCAGAGAAAAAUGAACGUGUACAGAAGCAGCUAUUGGCUUUGACAAGUGAAUUGUCUCAAGCACGAGAUGAUACCAAGAAAACUCACAACGACAUCCUGCACACAGAGAACAUGCGAGUUGGCCGCGACAAGUACAAGACGUUGCGGCAAAUCCGACAGGGCAACACAAAACAGAGAAUCGAUGAGUUUGAAGCUAUGUAA